UCUCAUAAAACACAUGAGCAAGCAAAACGUACGGCCAAAUACAGGGAAGUCUCCUCUCUCCCCUCCAAAUAUACGUAGAAACUGAACAACAGGAGAGAAAUCUUUUUGUACUUCAUCAGCGUCAGGGAUCCCGAGAUCUAGCUUCUCAAAAAUCUCAAUCUCAAAGAUUUUCUGACCAUCUCAUUGGAAGACAGAUUCAGGAAGACCCAUUUGGUUCUUAUCUCCUAUCCAAAAUCUCAGGGGGAAGAAAACAAGAGAUUUUUGGUUCUGUUGCCCUCCGAGAUCAAGUUUUCGUACAUACUCAUUGAAAGAUCUUGCUGUUAUACAAAGAAAGAUUAAAAUUUUCCAGUGAGAGAUCUCAACCCAUAUUCUCUUCUUCAGUAAAUUUCGAUUCUUUUUUUUUUUGCUCCGAUCUAAGUCUCUGAAACCCUUUCAAGAUCAAAAUUUGAUUAUAACCCAUUGAAACCUGCUGCUUUUCUCAACACCCAUGUGAUUUUUUUUUCCCAUUAAGAAGCAAUGAACAGUAACUACGCUGCCGUCCCUGUGAAUUCUUCCAUAGAACUCCAGAACCAAAACAAUGCGAACUCAGCUGAAACCCCUAAUGGAAAGGUUCAGUCUACAGAAUUCACCGGUGGUGGAGAGUACACGGAUGGAUUCGACGAGAUAGAUGAGCUUCCCCUCAUCAAUGAUGGAGAUGUCGAGCAUGAAACCCCUGGUUCUGGAGUUCCCGGCGCUGUCUUCAACCUCGCUACUACUGUCAUAGGUGCAGGAAUCAUGGCUCUUCCGGCUGCAAUGAAGGUUCUCGGUAUCGGGUUGGGUUUCGCUUUAAUAAUCCUAAUGGGUAUUCUAUCUGAGAUCAGUAUUGAGAUCCUUGUUCGGUUCGCUGUUCACUGCAAGUCCACUUCCUAUGGAGAAGUUGUAGAAUCUGCUCUUGGCCGUACAAUGAGAGUUAUCUCAGAGAUUUGCAUAAUUAUCAACAAUGCAGGUGUUCUGGUUGUAUAUCUCAUCAUAAUUGGGGAUGUAAUGUCUGGAUCGGAUGCGCACAUAGGUGUAUUCGAUCAGUUGUUUGGACACGGUUCAUGGGAUCAUAGGAGCAUGCUGAUUCUUGUAGUGUUGAUCGCCUUCUUGGCCCCGUUAUGUGCAUUGAAGAAAAUCGAUUCCCUAAGCUUGACUUCAGCUGCCUCCGUUGCCCUUGCACUUGUUUUCGUUGUAGUCUCAUGUGUAGUUGCUUCCAUCAAACUUGCAGAAGGGACUAUUGAAAAACCGAGAGUUGGACCUGAUUUUGGGAGUAAAGCUGCAAUCUUGGAUCUUUUAGUGGUUAUCCCAAUCAUGACCAAUGCCUAUGUUUGCCAUUUCAAUGUUCAACCGAUAUAUAAUGAGCUUGAAGGGCGAUCACCUGAAAAAAUGAAUCGGGUUGGAAGAACCACAACUGUUUUAUGCAUCGCGGUCUAUGCUGCGACUGCAAUCUCAGGAUACUUGUUGUUUGGAGAUAACACGGAGUCCGAUGUGCUGACAAAUUUUGAUAGAAAUCUCGGAGCGCAUUUUAGUAUGGUACUGAACUAUAUAGUUCGGGUUGGAUAUGUUCUUCAUCUGAUUCUUGUUUUUCCCGUGAUACAUUUCUCUCUCAGGCAAACAGUAGUUGCUCUGGUAUUCACAAAAUCGGUUUUGGAUGAUAGGAAGAAGUCACUGCCGUUGACCGUUGUACUGUUGGGGGUUAUAUAUCUUGCUUCUACUGUGAUACCGAACAUUUGGGUUGCUUUCAAGUUUACAGGAGCCACAACUGGUCUCUCGUUAGGGUUCAUAUUUCCGGCGCUCAUCGCAUUGAGAUUAGAUAAGCAAGGGAAGAGUCUGACUCGAGGAGAGAGGAGCUUGUCAUGGUUCAUGCUGGUGUUGGCUGUAGUUGUUAGUAUCAUAGGAGUUGCAGGAAACAUCUAUAGCAUCAAGAACAAGUCUUGAUUAGUUUCAGGUUUCGUACUUCAAAAUCUGCGGUUGUAUUCUUUUGUGACACUUGGGUUGUGUUCCCACGAUGAAACCAUUUGUGUGGUUUCUGAGUUCUCAUUGCGAGAAGAAGAGUUCGUAGGUUGAAGAAUACAUAGCGUUAAUUCUUUUAGUUGAAUACUUAUCGUAUGUAACAUUCCAUUUUGAAAAUGCUUCUAGUUAAUAAAAAUUUCCACUGCUUUGGCAUGACUGCA